GCAGUUGUUUACAAGUGAUACCUUUUUUACUCAAGAAUGUCGUUUCGGGACUUAAGAAAUUUCACGGAGAUGAUGCGUGUGCUCGGUUAUCCGAGACUGAUAUCCAUUGGAAAUUUUCGCUUGCCAAAUUUUCCGCUGGUUGCGGAAAUUCUCGUUUGGUUGGUCAAAAUGUUUGAUCCAGACGCGGACGUGCCCAGCGAACAUAACACCGAGGAAGAACGUAUCGCGUUGAUACGUAUCGUUGCUGAAUUUAUGGCAGUGAAACCAAAUGUCAAGUUAAAUACAAAAAAAAUAUACCAGGCGGACGGCUACGCUGUAAAAGAGUUAUUAAAAAUAACAACAUUAUUGUACGACGCUCAGAUUAAUAGUAACAAUAAUAACAAAAUAACUUCAGAUGAUAAUUUCAAUGUAGCAAGUUUUGAUAUAUCUGGUAAAAUAAACGAAUUAAGAACGACUAGACAAUUAGUCAGGCAAUUGACUGUCACCGGUGCGUCGCUGUUUGAUUUAUUAGGGCGCGAAGUUGAUCUACGAGAAAUUCGUAAUUUGAAAGUGGCUAGAGAAUUCGACACCUCCGAAAUUGAAACAGCGUUAAAAAAUGUUAUUGAAAGUAUGCAGACAGAAAUCGCUGAUACCAAGAAGCAAAUUGACAAUGUUAAGGAUACAGAGCAGAAUUUAGAUGUAAGGAUAGAAAGAAGACGUAUAGAGCUUGAUAGAAACCAGAAAAGACUGCAGACAUUGAAAAAAGUUCGUCCAGCGUUCAUGAAAGAGUUUGAUAAGCUUGAAGUCGAACUGAGAUCAUUGUACGAAGAUUAUUUGCAAAAAUUUCGCUAUCUUGCCUUUCUUGAGCAUUUGUACGAAGAUUCUGCCAAAGUAGAACAAGAAAGAUUUGAAAGGCGACAAGAAGCAACUAGGAAGCAGUUAGAAAAGAUGCGAGCAGAAGACGCCAGUUUUGAGAGCAUGAUGGAAGGAAAUGAUUCUAUAUUACCAACGAAUCUUCAAGAACCUCCACCUCCACUCAGUGACAUGGAGAAUACUGAAAGGAGAACUACGAAAAGCCGAUUAAAAUCAGCCAGCCGUGCAUCGAGAAUACAGAUAUCCCAGCGUCGGAUUUAUGGUAGCAUGUCGGGACGUCAAAAAGGAACGAUCCAGGAAUCGAACGAGAGUGGUGGUUCACUGGACAGCGAUAGCGAUUUGUUGAUCGACGGCGAUCUAGACGACGACGAUGACGACGAUGACAUCUUAGAUUCCGUAGGAGGAACGGAAAUCGGGAAUUUUGAUUUGAAGGUUGGACAAGAAAAACGAGCUGUUAGUAAGUUAGAUCAUUCCGAUGAGGAUUUUUAA